AUGCAGAAUUAUAAUGUAGCUACUCCAAUGGUCAUCCCUACUACUGCCCAGGAUUCUGAGGCUAUCCUGAUGUGUCGUGCGCUGGCCGAAAAGCUAAGAAUCUUGGAAGGAUAUAACUCAACCCGAUUGAAUGCCUUGGAGAUGUGUCUGGUCCCAGACGUGGUGCUUCCUCCAAAAUUCAAAACGCCAGAAUUUGAAAAAUACAAAGGCCUCACAUGUCCUAACAUACAUUUGAAAAUGUAUUGCAGAAAAAUGGAUGCAUAUGCCAGAGAUGAUAAGCUCAUGAUCCAUUGCUUUCAGGAUAGUCUAACUAGGGCAUCUUUAGAUUGGUACAUGCAGUUGGAGUGUAACAACAUCCACACUUGGGAUGAGUUGGCUGAAGCAUUUGCAAAGCAAUACAAAUAUAAUACUGACAUGGCACCAGACCGUACUCAGCUUCAGAGUAUGGCCCAGAAAGACAAUGAGUCUUUUAAAGAAUAUGCACAACGUUGGAGAGAAUUGGUUGCAAUGGUGCAUCCACCGCUGGUUGAUCGUGAGUUGAUUGACAUUUUCAUAGGAACCUUGCAGGGCCAAUAUUAUGAAAGAUUGAUCAGUAGUGUGUCCAUAGGAUUUUCUGACAUGGUGAUCGUGGGAGAAAGAGUAGAAGAAGGACUGAAGAGUGGUAAAAUCCAGGGAGGUUCCAACAACCAACAAAUCUUGAAGAAGCCUUUCAAUGGAUUCAAGAGGAUGGAGGGUGAGACUAGUGCCAUUUCUUCUCAAAGGGGGAGGGUACCACCCAGAGCUCCUGCUUAUGUGCCUUAUUAUCAAUACCCUUACAUAGCAGCUGCUCAAUAUCCAACAAUGCCUUAUCGUCCAAUUGCUCAUGUUCUUAUUCCAGCUCCGGUACCUCACUAUCAAGUUCCAGUUCCUUAA